GCAAGAACUCUCUGACAAUCACAGUUUUGAGUUGGUAAACAUCGUUGACCUCAUGGUGGAACAUAUAUUCACGUUAAUGUUAGGGGACGAGGCUGCAUUUGAAAGACAAGAGACAUUCGCAAUUAGCGUGGGUGUGAGGGAAGCCCGUCAUGGCAGGCGACAUGAUGCUGGUUAUGCGCGGCUUGGCCAAGCUGAGCCAGGCCAUCGUGCAGACUCAGGCCAGCACGCUGCGUGGUGGAGGUGCCCAGGCAAUGGCCCAGAGCAUGCAGAUGACUGCAGAGCAGAGCGUGGUAGCGGCCAUGCAGACGAUGCAGGUGUUUGGCGGCCAACAGCCGAGUGGGUCUGAUGACUUCCCACAAGACAUUGACGUGGACAGCAAGUAUAACUUCUCCGGGUCAGAGGGUAGCAACAUGGGUAGCGAUGCACCCGACGGUUCGGAGCUCUGGAACAAGGAUGGCUUAUCAUCAGAAAUGUCGGAGAGCACGGAUGGAGCGACCAGAAAGAUGUACAGCAGCCAGGCCUCUGUCAAAGCCAAGCUGUUUGAGGGGUAUAAGGAACCCAGCAGCCAGUUCACCGGGCAGAUCCGUUCCUUCCGGUUAUAUAGCUCCUACCACCAAGACAGCUCUGGGCUUGGGGGCCUUACGGCUGCAGACAUAGAGAAGGCCAGGGAGGCGAAAAGGAAUGAGAAACCACACAAACAAAUGCUCAGUGAAAGGGCACGAGAGAGAAAGGUACCAGUGACGCGGUUAGGGAGACUGGCCAAUUUUGGAGGUCUGGCUGUAGGACUGGGCUUCGGAGCACUGGCUGAGGUAGCCAAGAAGAGCAUGAGACCAAGUGAGGAAAAGGCUGACAAGAAGGCAGUGUUGGACUCCAGUCCGUUCCUGUCAGAGGCUAAUGCAGAAAGAAUCGUCAGGACACUUUGUAAGGUCCGCGGAGCCGCACUCAAACUGGGCCAGAUGCUCAGCAUUCAAGACGACGCUUUCAUCAACCCCCAGCUGGCCAAGAUCUUUGAGCGUGUGAGACAGAGUGCAGACUUCAUGCCUAUCAAGCAGAUGACGAAGUCUAUCAACAACGACCUGGGCCCUAACUGGAGGGACAAGCUGGAGCUGUUUGAGGAGCGUCCAUUUGCAGCAGCUUCCAUCGGACAGGUCCAUCUGGCUAAGAUGAAGAACGGCAAGGAGGUGGCCAUGAAGAUUCAGUACCCUGGAGUGGCCAAGAGUAUCGACAGUGACGUGAACAAUCUGAUGACCCUCCUGACCAUGAGCAAUGCACUGCCUGAAGGUCUAUUCCCUGAACAUCUAAUCGAAGUGAUGAGCAGAGAGCUGGCGCUGGAAUGUGAUUACAUAAGAGAGGCCAAAUGUGCCAAGAAAUUCAAGGAGCUGCUGAAGGACCACCCAUUCUUCUACGUACCGGAUGUAAUAGACGAGCUGAGCAGCAACGUGGUCCUCACCACAGAGCUGGUCCCCGGCUUUCCUCUGGACCAGGCUGAACAUCUCACCCAGGAACUGAAGAACGAGAUCUGUGAGAAUAUCCUAAAACUGUGUUUGAGGGAGCUGUUCGAGUUCAGAUACAUGCAGACAGACCCCAACUGGUCCAACUUCUUCUACGACCCUCUGACCCACCGGGUCGCAUUGUUGGAUUUCGGAGCGACAAGGGGAUUUAGCGAAGACUUCACUGACAUCUACAUUGAGCUCAUCAAGUCAGCGGCAGACGGCGACAGAGAUGGUGUUCUGAAGAGGUCCAGAGAGAUGAAGUUCCUCACCGGUUAUGAGUCAAAGUCCAUGGAGAGCGCCCAUGUGGACGCAGUGAUGAUCCUGGGUGAGGCCUUUGCCUCGACGGAGCCUUUCAACUUCGGGGCCCAGAGCACCACGGAGCGCAUCCACAACCUGAUCCCUGUGAUGCUGAAGCAGCGCCUCACCCCACCCCCCGAAGAGACCUACUCCCUCCACCGGAAGAUGGGCGGCUCCUUCCUCAUCUGCUCCCGCCUUGGCGCCAAGCUCAGCUGCAAGAGCAUGUUCCAGGAGGCUUAUAACAACUACUGGAGGGACCGCCCAAAACGACCAAACCAGUGACAGACACUGCAUACGACCUAUUGCAGGCUACGACACCUGGGUUAGGUGGACUAUGAGGGCAGGGAGUGAACCAGCCUAGUCAGACUUGUGAAUCAAAUGUAAAUGAAUGGCACUUUCCUCGUCCCUCACCGAACUAGAGUCUCCAUUUUCUUUGGAUUGUUUUGUGUACGAUUUUUUUGGUAUGAUCAGUUUAUUAACCAUGGCUGUCCAGUUCACAUAUUCAUAAGACGUAGUAGAUGGUCAGUUGUAAAGGUUGGGUUAAUUGGGACGGAUGCCGUGCUGUGUUUGAGAAUUGUAAAGCUAAAAAACAAAGUCUACUGGGCAUAAAACACAGGGUGAUAAUGUAAAUGUAUUCAGUGACAUACCGUUGAAGACCUAUAUUGUAUUAUAAAAAUGCUCAUGUGAUGCAUACAAGUGUGUGAAAGGGAGUUCAUCAGGUGGUUUGUCCUACUUCUGCCUAAUGCUGAUCGGUCACCAGUUCAGCAUUUGGGCCACCUGAAAUAUUGUACAUUUAUCAGCCGGAUGAAACCUUAUCAUGGCCUUAGUUGUUUAUAGCACUAAAAUAGUGUGACGUAGCAGUGGUUCUCAAACCUAGAGGCCCCCAGACUUCUCACAAUUUGGUAGCUCUGAACGGCCUCACCAGAAUCCAGUGGACAAGAGCUUGAUAACUAGUUGAAAAGUUGAUACUGGUGUGCUAACUCUGGAACACAUUUAAUACAUGGAGCAGCUGGAGGUCCCCAAAACAACAAAUAUAUAUGUUAUAAAACCCACUGUUAUGUCAAAGCUUGGAUAUACUUUUUCAUAGAAAGAAAACUGAAGCAAGAUUGUGAUCUUAAAUCCUUAAUUUUGUGCGAAUAAGUGCAGAUAUGCCUUUAGUAAUUCUGAAAGGAUGUUUAGAAAUGAACACAUCUAUGGAUCUUUCUACUUAUAUCAGAAUACUUUUAAAGAUGAUUAUUUUCUAAUCUAUGGCAUUCUUACUAAGGGUUGCAAUAAAUAUACUAAUAAUAUUUUAUUCAACUCUUGUCCCAAUCAAUUUCACACUGUUGCAUGUGAUCCCUUCAUGAAAAUAAUAACUGAAGGAGAAACUUAAUUUUUGUCAUUUCUUUAGCUUUUAAAUAGAUUUCAAUUUGCAGAUUUCACUUCUCACACAACAAAAAAUACUUUCACAUUAACUGAUGAUAUUGUAUACUGUAGGUUCAGUAUAUGAAUAAAGCAUUUGGGGGAUUC